ACCCAUAUAAGCUUUCCUCGUACAUUGUACUAACAACACCAGGCUAGGUCAAUCAAUAUCGGUGAUGGCGAGCAGAGUCUACGCUCAUUACCACCACGGAGAUGCCUGCAGCAAAGCUCGCUGGAACACCAGAGAGACAUUCCGGUUUAUGUAUGAUAGGCCAUGGCAACAUGUUCUUGAUUUCUACUCAAAUGCAGUGGCGAGAAAGCUUUCAGUCCUGAACUUGUUUGAGCCCAAUAAGAUUUUGGCCCAUGAUGAUGGGGAAAGAGAAGGGAUGCCUCUUGAAACUGAGUUGGAGACUUGCGGUAGAAAAGAUGGGAGGACGGGGAGGUGGGAAAGAGUAAACUUCAAGAUACUUCUUUCAUACAAUGGAGCUUCCUUUGAUGGAUGGCAGAAACAGCCUGACUUGCACACUGUUCAGAGUGUAGUAGAGAAGUCUCUGGGGGCAUUUGUGGAUGAAAAGAAAGCCCAACUUCUGAAGAAAAAAUGUAAACCAUUAGAAGGACGUGUACUUGUUGCGGGAAGAACCGACAAAGGAGUGUCUGCUCUUAAUCAAGUUUGUUCUUUCUAUACCUGGAGAAAAGACAUUGAACCCAUUGAUAUAGAAGAUGCUAUCAAUAAAGAUGCUUCCGGGAAACUUAGGGUUGUGUCAGUCUCCAAGGUUUCCCGAGAAUUUCAUCCGAAUUUUUCUGCAAAAUGGAGGCGCUAUUUGUAUAUCUUUCCCUUGGAUCAUGCGUGCGGGAGUGGCAAAGAUCGUGAGAACUUAAUCUUUGAUGAAAACCUAGGAAAGCAAAGAAAUGGGCUCUUAAGUGAAGAGAAUACUGAAGGAGUAGGCGAGAAGGACGAUGAGCUUGAAACAGAAGAGGUGGAUGGAGCAAAACCAAGUGACUUUAGUGUAAGCAAGGUUGAUCAACUUUUACAGCAGCUUCAAGGAAAACUAUUAUCCUACAAGAUGUUUGCUCGUGAUCUAAAAGCUGCAAGAAACGAAGGUCCACCUACAGAAUGCUUCAUGUACCAUGCACGGGCAGCCGAGAUUAGAUUGCCCUCUCCUGAGUAUGUGGAAGGAAGGAGAGUGAUGUGCGUUGAGCUUGUCGCUAACCGAUUUCUCCGGAAGAUGGUUCGAGUUCUUGUAGCAACAUCAAUACGAGAAGCUGCUGCUGGCGCGGAAAAUGAUGCAUUGUUAAAACUUGUAGAAGCUUCAUGCAGACGAGCCACAGCUCCUCCGGCUCCAUCUGAAGGUCUCUGUCUCUUCGAUGUUGGUUAUGUUGACUUUGACCCUCAUUCUUCUCUCAUUUCUUGAGAAUAGCUUUAAUACAUUUUAAGUUGUAUUGAUACCUCAUGGUUAAUGGUUGCGAAUUUAGUUUAUUUUCCCUAAGUCCUGGACGAUGAGCAUGUAUGUUUACAAUGCCAUGGCAUAUAUGAAUAUGUGAAAGAAAUCAUGUCAUGAUCAAGUGUAAUAUUCAUACAUUUGUGUUGCAGAUACAUUAUGCGCUAUAAUAACACAGAUCCAGCUUAGAUCUAAA